AUGGCAGAUUUCUUCAUCGACAAACCCAUUUUAUCGCCGCGAUACAAACAAGAAAGCUCCUAUGGGCUUCGCAUUGCUUUAUUUCGUCGUGUUGUCAUUGUUGGAUGCUACGACGCACCACUUGCGACGGGCAAUGGCAGAGAAGAUGCGGCCAAGAGGCUCCUCGGAGGGAUCCAACGACGGAUUCGCCCAGGAUGUCAAGGUGCCGUAAUGCAACGAAGCUGA